AUUUCGGGCCCAUAUAUUUCGGAAAUAUCCGAGCGGCUAGAGCAAAAAUUGGGAUCUCAAAAAAAUAAGGUCGAAACUCCUAUGUAUAAAUAUGUUUCAGUUAAUUAAUUCUUUUAAACGUGUGUAAAUAUAAAACUCGUUGUUAUGUUUCCCGCGUAUUCAUCUAACCAAAGUACUAAACUAACCGAGGAUCUGUCGUGGCUUCGAUGCGCAAGCUAUUUAGGCCCAGGACAAGGUGCUAAGGACAAGGUCGAGUCGGAUUCCAGUAAUACGGACGAUGGGCUGAUCGAAGCUAUUGGAAGGCAUAAGGCACAAGAUCAAGCACAGGAUAGUGGCACUAAAUGUGUCACUGGCAGUAGCACAAAUGAGUCACAGACUUCAUCCGACGAUGAGCGCGAAUAUCGCCACAAAAAACGAAGUCGAAAAAAGAACAAAAAGCACAAAAAGAAGAACAAGAAAAAAGAUAGCAAAAGGGAUUGCAGGCGCGAGCAUUCAUCUAGCUGUGAACACAAGAAAAAGACGUCUAAGAGAAAAAGGUCUUGCUCGCCUUUCUGCUCUCAGAGUUCUGCCACCUUCACCUCAGACCUCCGCAGAAAAUGGGCUUUUCUCGAGAACAUGGGACCUACAACCACCCCGUUCGUUCUUGACAUGAAAGGCGAUCAAAGCAAUAGAGCUUUUACUCAGCUUCCGCAUACUUCCGCUGCAACGUACAGUAUUAAAAAAAGCAGACUUCCUCCAAGGCGAAGUAAGGUGAAGAGGUAUUUUAAGACGGUGAUGGCUCCGCCAAUGCUUACGGUUGAAGUGAAUGAGAAAUUACGAGCUCUAAAGCCCUCGAGCUAUAUUUCACUAGGAGAUAGUCUGUUGGCAGAUAAAGAUGUCGUUGGCGAUGGUGGACCGUGUUGGCCCAGUGUGGUUCGCGAGCACAGUGAACUGGCAGCAGGAUGCCGGACCGACCCCCACAAUGUGGACUUAUGGUUGAAAUUAUGCGAUUUCGAAAAAGUGUAUGUACCAUGCAGUCUUGGGCAAGCCCAAGUUACCGGUGCCGCACUCAAAAAAAUCGUUAUGGAAAAACAGCUCAGUGUAAUGGUGGAUGCGAUUAUGAGGAAUCCGUUGGACUUGAAUCUUCGGCUUAAAAAAUUUGACUUGUUGUGCUCUCUCGAACGGCAGGACGAGCUAGCCCGCGAAUGGGAUGAUGUUCUUCGGAUGAGCGAUUACUCGAUCAGCAAGCAAAAGACUAAAAAUCAGAUUUGGCUCAAAUACGCACAAUAUGCGCGUAGCAAAUUUCAUGUUGUCGCGAAAUUUUCCGUGGAAGAAGCGACAGCUGGGUACUGUCGAGCAAUUGACGCAUUUCGACGAACGCGCGUCGACGAUUUGUUUCUAGUUACGCUUAUCGAAGACUUCGCUUGUUUUCUGGUUCAAUGCGGCCACACCGAAAGAGCAGUUGCUAUAUUCCAGGCUUUACUCGACUUUAACCUCAGUCAGCCGGAGCAUCUGGUGUUGGAGCAGAAUGAAGAAGUGGCAAAAGCGUUAUUUGAGGUUUUCUGGGAUAGUGGAUGCGCCAAGAUUGGCGAGAAAGAUCACAAAGGAUGGGGCAAGGAAAGUGAGCGAUCAACUAAAGCCCCGCCUCCAGAGAGUACCGAUUCCCGGGAAGAUGAGCUAAUUAUGGCCGAUCGGCCCAUAAAUGUCGUGUGGGCAACACUGGAAACGUUACGGCAAAGAAAACAUUGGAUGCCAGCCAAGGUGGAUGCUGAAGACGUCGAGCGGAUUAUCUUGUUUGAUGACGUAUCGCUCUGUGUAUUUCGUUCACGUGACCCGAGAUGUCUGCAAAAAAUGCUAGAAUCCUUUAUGAGGUUUCUUGCCAAUGGCGACAGCUCGUAUAUGGCAUGGAAUUCAGCUAACGACAAGAUGGCUGAACUAUUGAAGAUUCCGUUCGCUCGAGACGAAGCUGAAGGCCGCAUAGAAAUGUUAUGGAACUGCUACAACGCUGGAACCAUAUUUUUGCCGCAAUUUGAUUGGGCAAGUGUGUUAUUAGACCAGCUGCUGCGGCUUUGCCCGAGUGAGAAAAACGAGGCUGUUAACUUCGGGAAAAAGGUGAUGCAAAUAAAAGCGAACCAGAUGAAUUUUACGUUGUGGGCGAAAAUGCUAUUGAUUCUAGAUGCCACAAAGGCCCGCGAGGAUGCCAUGAGCCGGGGAGUGAAGCUCAUAUCGAUGGCGUGCGCUGGUCUCGGAUGCUUCUCCGGUGAUCACAUCUACUUUUUGGCUAGCUAUCUCCGAAUACAUCUAAACGUUAAUGACUUUCUAAAAGUCGACCUCGAUGAACACUGCCAACCAAUGCCAGAUGUCAAAAGUCUUCUUAGUUGUUGGGGUGCUCUCAUUCUUGGAAAGAAAGCUGUCUUGUCUGACGUUAGUGACGAGCAUAUUACAUGUCUAAAAAAUUAUCUCGUGCAUCGAUGCGACGAAUACUCCAUUGAAGUCGGCGUUAUCCUGAAGUUGUCAUUGGAAACUCCAGUUGCAGCAUAUGCUUAUCUCUGCCGAAAAGCCUCGGUGCUUUCGGUAGACGCGUACCACCAGUUAGAUAUCCGUCUUCAUCUACUUGUCUAUCGGCAUUUCGCGUCGUCGCUUUCCGAUCUCCGGUCGACAGUUGAACUUGCCUGCGAAAAGCUGCCAACUAAACAAGAGUAUAUGGUUCUUCUCGCCUUGGUGUCCUAUCGAAGUCCGCAUUCAUGGAAGCGCUGUCCAAUUCCUCAGAGCGAUCCGGAAUAUUCGUGGUUCGCAACCGUCCUAUAUUACCUGCUGAGAGCCGUCGAGUUUGAUAAAUGGAAAGAACGUGCGGAAAUCGCGUACAGUGGCACCCGUAUCGGCGGGCUGCACAGGGCCAUCGCUCAGCUUGGUGAAAUCAGGCAACCACUUUUUUGGCGGCUUAUCGUAUGGGUAGAAAUGCAGGUGGGUGAAGUAGACCGCGCAAAAGAACUGCUUUUGAGGGGUCUUCAAUGCUGUCCUUGGUCGAAAGCCAUGUUUGUAGAUUGUGGCCUUUACUUCGACGAAAUGCUUCAACAAGUCGUCGAUACAUUAACUGAGAAAGGUUUAAGACUACGCACUCCUCUUGAAGAACUAACGCUUCUUUUAGAGACCAAGAAUGAUAAGUAGUGAUUAUUCUAGACGUAACAACGAAUUCAGGAGAAAU